UCACCCGUUCCAAAGCAGCGGUUCCGUUGAGCGGGGUCGUUCUGAGGUUGUUUUGUUGAGGUGGUUUUUUUUUUUUUCGCUUUUUCAAUUUUAUUUUUUUUAACUUUACCGCCGGUUUUGGGUUUCGGCGUGGCGCGGCCGGCUCCAUCCCGCAGGACGAGAGGGAGAAAAAAGCGGGUUUCCACCUGCUGCGGUUCUCAAACAUUGUUCCUGCGGCCGAAUUGGAGGAAGACGGUGUGAGAUACUGAAAAAAAAAAAAAAAAAAUUAGAAAGAGAGAGAGAGAAUUGGCAGCGAGCGCCGAAGUUGUUGCAGACUGUUGGUUUGACUGCCGGGGAGGACGUGAGUGGGAGAGAGAGAGCGCUGUUGCACACACAAAACCACAGAGAGAAGCCACAAUUUAACCAACAUCCCCAGCCCCGAGCUCGCAGCUGUUGGACCUCUCAGCUCGGCGCUCGCCACCGGCUCUGACUUUUUCCUUAAACCGAUGAAAAGCGCUGUACCAAAGGCAGAGAGUGGAAGCUCGAAUUGCCGCGCACUGAGCUUUUCUUUUCUUUUUUCUUUUAUUUUUUCUUUUUUUUUUACUUUUUUUUUGCGCAAGAAUGACUAAAAGGUCAUGACACGAGCGCUCUCGGAGCGACUCCGACCGAACUACUGAAGCUCACUUUCAAGGCUGCUUUUUUAAAAAAAAAAAAAAAAAAAAAGAAAGAAAGGAAAAGGAAAAUCUCGCGGAGAACAUUAAUGGAUUCCCGUCGUGUUUAAAUCCUCUGCAGAUUCCAUUGUAAAUAUUUGAUGAAGUCCGGUAGAUGUGCGUGUGCGUGAGUGCGUGGCCGCGAAUUUACACCCGGCUGUAGCCGGCUGACCUUUGCUCAGCGAGCCGAGCCCGCGAUCCGCCUCCUCUGAAGAACAACCCCGAAUUUCCCUCAAAGAGCGAUUUUUAAAAAAUUUUUUUAUUAUUAUUUUUGGCCUCCAGAAGACGCCGGCGCGUUUUGGUUUCUCUUGGGACCGGAGAGAAAUCACCUGGAAGAAACCGGGAAGCGCAGGCUCUGCGCGUAUUUCUGCCCGCGUCUCCUGCUUGCUCGCCUCCCUAUUUUUUUCACUUUUUUUUUUCCCCCCCAUCUGGGAGUUUGGGAUGAGCUUUAUCCCCCCUCACUUUCCGCGUCCCGGCAAAGCCGCGCCCGUACGACCCUCGCGCUUAUCGGAUUAACGGGAUCUGUUCCGCCUGGCCAGGAAGCCGAGAGUUAAAAAAAAAAAAAAAAAACCAACAACCAAACAAACCAAAAAAAACCCCACCCCAAAUUAACUCUGCGGGGAAGACGGGCGCAGGACCAGCUCCAGCCCGCUCCCGUUUAUGUUGUUCCCCAGAGAGCGGCUCGCCCAGGAGUUGCGCUCGCCUGGCCGCUCUGUAGGAACUCACUGGAGGUGUUGUGUGGCCCUAAAGGCUUGUUGUGAUGCGUAUCCCCGUAGAUACCAGCACCAGCCGCCGCUUCACGCCGCCCUCCACCGCGCUGAGCCCGGGGAAGAUGAGCGAGCCGCUGGCGCUGCCCGGCGCCGAGCACAGCGGGGCUUUGCCGGGGAAGCUGCGCGGAGCCGACCGCAGCAUGGUGGAGGUCCUGGCGGAUCACCCCGGGGAGCUGGUGCGCACCGACAGCCCCAACUUCCUCUGCUCCGUGCUGCCCACGCACUGGCGCUGCAACAAGACGCUGCCCAUCGCCUUCAAGGUGGUGGCCCUGGGGGACGUCCCCGACGGGACCCUGGUGACGGUGAUGGCCGGGAAUGACGAGAAUUACUCGGCGGAGCUGCGCAACGCCACGGCUGCCAUGAAGAACCAGGUGGCGCGGUUCAACGACCUGCGCUUCGUGGGCAGGAGCGGCAGAGGGAAAAGCUUCACUCUGACCAUCACAGUCUUCACAAAUCCUCCCCAGGUAGCCACGUACCACAGAGCCAUCAAGAUCACAGUGGAUGGACCUCGGGAACCCCGAAGACAUCGUCAGAAAAUAGAUGAGCAGACAAAGCCCGGCAGCUUGUCCUUUUCUGAGCGCCUGAGCGAGCUGGAGCAGUUGCGUCGCACGGCCAUGAGGGUCAGCCCACACCACCCAGCCCCCACACCCAACCCUCGAGCCUCCUUGAACCACAGCACAGCUUUUAACCCUCAGCCUCAGAGUCAGAUUCAGGACACCCGGCAGGUGCAGCCCUCGCCGCCCUGGUCCUACGAGCAGUCCUACCAGUACCUGGGCUCCAUCGCCACGCCCGCCGUGCACCCCGCCACGCCCAUCUCACCUGGCCGCGCCGGCGGCAUGACCUCGCUGACGGCAGAGCUCUCCAGCCGCCUCUCAGGAGCGUCCGACCUGACGGCGUUCAGCGACCCCCGCGUGGGAAUCGACCGCUCCUUCCCGGCGCUGCCGUCCAUCUCCGACCCCCGCAUGCACUACCCGGGCGCCUUCACCUACACGCCCACGCCCGUCAGCUCCGGCAUCGGCAUCGGCAUGUCGGCCAUGUCCACGGCCACGCGCUACCACACGUACCUCCCGCCGCCCUACCCCGGCUCCUCCCAGGCCCAGGCCGGCCCUUUCCAGACCAGCUCCCCAUCCUACCACCUCUACUACGGCACCUCGGCCGGCUCCUACCAGUUCUCCAUGAUCUCCGGCGGGGAGCGGUCGCCGCCGCGCAUCCACCCGCCCUGCACCAACGCCUCCACGGGCUCGGCGCUGCUCAACCCCAACCUGCCCGGCCAGAGCGAGGUGGUGGAGGCCGAAGGGAGCCACAGCAACUCGCCCACCAACAUGGCCAGCACGGCCAGGCUGGAGGAGGCCGUCUGGAGGCCUUACUGAGGGAGGUCGAGCGGGAGGAGCUCAAGGGUCAGGACUGACGGGUUUUCCCCAUUUCCCGGCGCGCUCCGGAGGGAUCCCAGGAACUUCCUUCGUGGGGCCCCCCGCCGCCUUGGCCCGCGAGUUUCGGGAGCGAAACCCUUCCCGAGUCAGCGCUGCCCGGGGAGCGCUGGCUCUCGUCGCCAGGCCCCGGUGGAUCCGCGUCGAUCCGGCAAAGUGUUCCCGGCAGGAGAACGAGCUUCUGGAAAGGAGGAUGCCCCGGUUGGCGGCGCAGAGGUAGCGAGGGAGGGUAGAAGGGUGUCCAGCCUGAUUCCAGGCCUGUGGUUUCCCAACGCGCCUGGGCUUGAAGGUCUCCGCAGCCCUAAAAGAGAG